AUGAUUGAUGAACUUGACAACAAGCAGGACCUGUCUAAGUGCGACAACAAGCCUGAGAACGAGCUCAAGAACGAGCCCAAGCACGCAAAGCUGACGCUGAUCGAGAAAGCGUGCUUGAUGUUUUGCAUUGCGCUGCUUGACCAGCGCAUCCGCCGCAAGGAGUACGACUGCGCGUUGGUGUGUGCGUUGGCUGUGCUCGGCGUCAAAGAGGACGGCUGGAAGGACGCCGAGCUGUACCCGCUGAUAUUGUCGUUGGUGAUCAAAAUCACCUGUUUCAUGGUUGUACAACACGCACUUGAGCUGUCCGAGCCGUUUGAAGAGGAGGUGUUUAACAACGACAGCGCGUACAGGGGGAGCGACAGCGGCAGCAGUAACCCCAGGCUGCGCUGCUUGGAGUUUGUGCAGCAGAUGAUAGACAGGUUCAUAGUACGAGGCAGCCACAGCCCAAUGCAGUGGAUGCUCGACUUGCGUACGUACGGGCUGAAGGUGCAUUUCAACACCACCGCGCGAGGGAACGUUGAGUGGAUGGGUAGGGACAAGCUGCUGUACAAGAACGUGCACUUCACCAUGGCCCAGUUCCGCAGCAUGGUGCACGGGAUGCAAGCAGAGAGCAAGCGGAUGCUGGUUGAGGAGCUGCUGUUUUGCAAUAGGCAGACGGCAGAUUAA